CCCGCCUCCUCAGCCGCCACUCCGCCUCUUCCCUCCCGCCGUUUCUUCCUCCUCUCCCGUCUUCCUUCCUCCUUCCCCUCUUCGUCGUCGCCUCCGCCCAGGACCGCCGGCCGGGGGACGAGCUCGGGGCAGCAGCCAGGAGUUUCCCUACCACAUAACCUCUCAGAACUGAACCAAAACAACAUUGUUCCUAGAGUGCUUAUUUUUAAGGUAGAACUUUAGACUUCAUAGCACUGAAUUAACCUGCACUGAAAGCUGUUUACCUGCAGUUGUUCACUUUUUUGAAAGUGACCAUGUCUCAAGUUCAAGUGCAAGUUCAGAACCCAUCUGCUGCUCUCUCAGGGAGCCAAAUACUGAACAAGAACCAGUCUCUUCUCUCACAGCCUUUGAUGAGUAUUCCUUCUACUACUAGCUCUCUGCCCUCUGAAAAUGCAGGUAGACCUAUCCAAAACUCUGCUUUACCCUCUGCAUCUAUUACAUCCACCAGUGCAGCUGCAGUUCCUUCUAAUAUGGCACACCCCAAAGAGAAAACCCCAAUGUGUCUUGUGAAUGAGUUAGCCCGUUUCAACAAGAUUCAGCCUGAGUAUAAGCUUUUGCGUGAGCAAGGUCCAGCUCACUGUAAGGUGUUUACAGUACAGCUAACACUUGGAGAUCAGCACUGGGAAGCUGAAGGAACUAGUAUUAAAAAAGCCCAACACACAGCUGCUGCCAAAGCUUUGGAAGGAACAAAAUUUCCUAAACCCAUAGUCCGCCCUUUUCGUAGCGAAGGAAGGAAUCCAGGUAUUAUGCGUGGGCCAAGACAGGUUCCUUUCAAAAGUGUGUCUAGAGAAAGCAUAACCCCUACUGUAGAACUAAAUGCACUGUGCAUGAAACUUGGAAAAAAACCAAUGUAUAAGCCUGUCGAUCCUUACUCUCGGAUGCAGUCCACCUAUAACUACAACAUGAGAGGAGGUGCUUAUCCCCCAAGGUACUUUUACCCAUUUCCAGUACCACCUUUACUUUAUCAAGUUGAGCUUUCUGUGGGAGGACAGCAAUUUAAUGGGAAAGGAAAGACGAGACAGGCUGCGAAACACGAUGCUGCUGCGAAAGCUUUGAGGAUCCUGCAGAAUGAGCCCCCACCUGAGAGGCUGGAGGUGAAUGGAAGAGAAUCAGAAGAAGAAAAUCUCAAUAAAUCUGAAAUAAGUCAAGUGUUUGAGAUUGCGCUUAAACGGAACUUGCCUGUGAAUUUUGAGUCUUUCCCUCUAAAACAGGUCGCCCGGGAGAGUGGCCCGCCCCACAUGAAGAGCUUUGUGACCAGGGUGUCAGUUGGGGAGUUUGUAGGGGAAGGUGAAGGGAAGAGCAAGAAGAUUUCAAAGAAAAACGCUGCUAUAGCUGUUCUUGAGGAGCUGAAGAAGUUACCGCCUCUGCCUACAGUGGAGCGAGUGAAGCCCAGAAUCAAAAAGAAAACAAAGUCUAUAGUCAGGUUACAGAGCACCCAGGAGUAUGGCCAGGGGAUGAACCCCAUUAGCAGACUGGCCCAGAUCCAGCAGGCGAAAAAGGAGAAGGAGCCGGAGUACCUGCUCCUCACCGAGCGAGGCCUCCCGCGCCGCCGUGAGUUUGUGAUGCAGGUGAAGGUGGGAAACCACACUGCAGAAGGAUCCGGCACCAAUAAGAAGGUGGCGAAACGCAAUGCAGCCGAGAACAUGCUGGAGAUCCUUGGUUUCAAAGUCCCACAGGCUCAGCCCACCAAACCAGCCCUCAAAUCCGAGGAGAAGACACCCAUAAAGAAACCAGGGGAUGGAAGAAAAGUAACCUUUUUUGAACCUGGCUCUGGGGAUGAAAACGGGACUAGCAAUAAAGAGGACGAGUUUAGGAUGCCUUAUCUUAGUCAUCAGCAGCUGCCUGCUGGAAUUCUUCCCAUGGUGCCUGAGGUUGCCCAGGCCGUAGGGGUCAGUCAAGGACAUCACACCAAAGACUUCACAAGGGUGGCUCCAAAUCCUGCCAAGGCCACGGUAACUGCCAUGAUAGCCCGUGAAUUGUUGUAUGGGGGCACCUCGCCUACAGCCGAGACCAUUUUAAAGAAUAACAUCUCUUCAGGCCACGUACCCCAUGGACCCCUCACGAGACCGUCCGAGCAGCUGGACUAUCUCUCCAGAGUCCAGGGAUUCCAGGUUGAAUACAAAGACUUCCCCAAAAACAACAAGAACGAAUUUGUAUCUCUUAUCAACUGCUCCUCUCAGCCGCCCCUGAUCAGCCAUGGUAUUGGAAAGGAUGUGGAGUCCUGCCACGACAUGGCUGCACUGAACAUUUUAAAGUUGCUGUCUGAGUUGGACCAACAAAAUACAGAGAUGCCAAGAACAGGAAAUGGACCAAUGUCUGUGUGUGGGAGGUGCUGAACCUUAUGGCCACAUGAACCAUUGAAAAAUCCCAACAUAUAUACUGAAAAUAUUGAAACUGCUUUGAAAAUUUGGAAUUUCUGAUACCUCCAGUGGGCCGAGAGACAUGAUGGUUAAAGGACUGGAGACAGCAGUGGUGACCAAGGCGGGAACAUGAGUGGCUGCUGCUGGGGGCGGGGUGGGGCGGGCCUGCCAGGCAGCCCUAGCGCCACUGGGAAACCAGCAGGUCCGUACCCCAGGCACCUCAGUGCUUGGUUUUAGUAGUUUUUUUUUUGGUUUUGGGGUUUUUUUUUCCUUGCUGUGUGAAAGAAGCAGAAAGCACGACUCCUCAAACUGGCUCACUCAAACACUUUGGGACAAAUCCUGGACACCCACACUGGAGCGAGGCCUUAGUCUGAAAGCACCAGAGAAAAUCAGAUGCUUCCUCCUCAGCGCAAGUUGACCUUCUUGGCGUGCUCUGGCCCACCACCUCCCGCGGUACCCACACCGUCGCCACUGCUCUCUUCCAAAAGAGAUAUGUAUUCUUAGUUUCAUUACUUUCUUUUGAUUGAAAUGACACUAUAUAAAUUUUCAUUUGAGAGUUUCUCAAUUGUAUCUAGUUACAUAGCACAGUUUAGAAACUUGUCUGAGACUGACUUUAUCAGUAACAUAACCGGCAAAGAUCAUAUCCAUGUGUAUGUGGUUAUACGUUUUUACUUCAUUGGACCUGCCCAGGACCAUUUCAGUGAUGCAAAUUGUGUGGCCUCCGGUUUAGCUGAAACAGUCCUGGACUUCUCAGAACCCUUGGUGAAGUCUCCCACAGUUGUAUAAAUUGAACAGUUUAGGAAUUUUAAACUUUAAAUGAUCAUCUGGUUCCUUUUCUAUUUUAUUUUUGUUUAUGCAGCAGGACAAACAAAUGAACUCUGAUCUUUGUUUCAAAGACUAUUAAAAAUUGUGUGUAUGUACAUGACUCUUGAGGACACAGCUUUCACUACACUACAGGAUAUGAUCUCAUGUAGCACAUAUACAACUGCAGAUUGAUCUUCCUUGAGUGCUUUACACUGUUGAUUACAUCUCCAUGUAGGGCUGAAAAGAAUGACCCAUGUUUAUCUCUAACUGUGUUGCUUUGGAUGUUGUGUUGCUGUGCACAGACACGUGUGCAGCGAGGUCCUGCAUAUGGUCCAGAUGAAGAGCACGGUAGCCUUGCGAGUUAAGUACUGCUUCCAUUUUUUCUCCCCAUGGAAUGUAAGUAAAACUUAAGUGUUUGUCACCAAUAAAUGGUAAUACUAAAUUUUUUUUUGUUAAUUUAUUCUCCAAUGCCACUACUGCCAGGUUGGUCCCUCCCAACCUGUCCCCUUUUGUUAUUUUUAAGAAAAAACUUUGUAAUGCUUGUGAUUCCAUUUGGGCAAAACUCUGAAGCUCUGAAAUAACUUUAUAUCAAACCAUUGAUCAAUAAACAGCUACUAAUGAA